AAAUGGAGUCAAAUCAAAAUGAGGUUUAGUGCCUUAACCUGGAAGGAAAUGAUUGUCACGGGGUGUAAACUUCCUGGGUUGGUUUGCAAUAGGUGCGGCAGAGAGACGGUACAGCAAUACUGGGAGAGAUGGGCUUGAACAACAGAGGCAUCGAUGGCAGGAUAAACACAGGUUUCAGCUCCUAGAAAGCAAGGUCAUCAGCUGUACAACAAAGCCAGAUACCCCAGCCUGGUUAUAGCUGAUGACACGGCCUCCUUGUUAUGAUGCCAUCACGUACUAAUCUAACUGCUGGGAUCCCCAGUAGCAAAGUGAAGUACUCCAAGCUUUCCAGUACUGAUGAUGGUUAUAUUGAUCUGCAGUUCAAGAGGAGCCCACCCAAAAUCCCCUACAAGGCCAUUGCACUGGCUACUGUGCUGUUCAUGAUCGGCACCCUUCUGAUUGUCAUAGGAGCGCUUCUCCUCGCAGGAUACAUUAGCAAAGGAGGAACAGACCGAGCUAUCCCGGUAUUGAUCAUUGGAAUCCUGGUGUUCUUACCAGGUUUUUAUCACUUGCGCAUCGCAUACUAUGCUUCUAAAGGCUACAGGGGUUACUCCUACGAUGACAUUCCAGAUUUUGAUGACUAAAACACCCCCUGGAAGCAGGGAGCAUGGCUCAAGUUGUAAUGAGUUUCGUGUUAAGGGACGUUAGAUAACUUGACCCUAGCUAUCAAAGAUGGAACAUGUACGAACCUAAACUAAGUAGAUUUAUCAGUGGAUGCAAUUUCCUAGUUCUGUAAAUAUUUUAUUGGGUAA